GCGAUUAAAAUAAAAUCAACGUACCUUAUCAAAGGUCCCAUUUCCGGUGGUAUGUCUUGAUUUGAAACAGAAAAAUGAUCAGUUAAUAAUGUAACAUAAAUUUUUGGUUUCCAAUGCGAUACUGUUUUUCGAUUUUGGGACGCUAUAGGCUCUUUCUGUCGAUCAAAGAAAUGAUUUGAUUAUUUUCUGUGUGAUUUGAAAUAGAAUCUACGCACCUCAUUUUCAUUAAGCAAAUUAAAUGUUGCCGGCCGCGGAAUCAUAUAUUCAGUCAAUGCGAUACGUUGGAGUAUGGUUAAUCCUUCCCGUUUUAAGUGUCGCCAUUCGAAUUGCACGCCAAUAUCAUUUACCAACACCAAAUGUAAAUACAUUGUACCAUUUCUAUAUGUUUUUCUUGGAAUGUCUACCAAAAAGUCACUGCAUCAUAAAUUAAAAGAAAAAAAAUUAAAUUCGCUACAUUUUUAAGCAUGAAAAUUAAAUAAAAACUUACCGCUUCAACUCUUUGUAAUAGUCAAAAUGUUCAAUAGCUCCGAUUUUCGUGACAUCGUUUGUAAGCGGAUUGCUGACCGGCGAUACAAAUAAAUUCAAUUGUAAUUUCGGUAGUUUAGCUAAAAUCGUUGUAUAGCACGGCGUCGAUGUACAUUGAAGCGUUGUAAAUAAUUGCGAUAGUGUAUAUACGGAAUACGAAACAUAAAUCAUAAAAAUUGCACCAAGGAUGACGGUGAUGGACGGAAGAGGCAUUUUAAAUAUUUAAUUUCUAUAAUUUUCAUUCACUUUAAAAUUAGAUUCUAAACUCAUUCUUAUUCUUCCAAAUAAAAAUGAAAUAUAAAUGCACUAAUUGUCAAGUAGCCGGUUUAAUAUAAAGCGAAUAACUGCGGCGGCGACUACAGUAAUUUUGGCGUUUGUAAAAAUUUAAUUUAAUUUAUCUAUUGAACAAAAUAUAAUAUUUAAACAAAUGAUUUUAAUUGCACAAAAGCGUUUAUAGACAAAAAAACCGUAAGGUCAAAGUAAACACCUUAGACGGUCGCUAGCAAAAUGCAGCUGUGACAAGUGUGUUAAAUACUGAUGACGAGUUACGUGUGUGUUUUGGUGUGCGGGUAUGACAACUAAAGGCGCAAGAGUGAGAUAAUUGUAUGUGUAAACAGUGUAUAUCCAUCUCAUAUGCUGUGUAAACAACGAUACACUGUUAAUAAACAAUAUCAUUUGUCUGUAAAAUGAGACAGGUCUAAAAACAUUUUUUUAUUUAAAAGAAAUUAGUUUCACAUAAAAAAAGUUUAUUGCAAUAGUUUAACAAAUAUAUUUUGUUAUUUCACGAAAGCAAUAGCCAUUCCAUCCGUUAUGAACUGUCAUUUCGUAAUGAAACCAACUGUCAAUUUGAGAGUGAUAAAGAGAAGAAACGUCAUCGCUUCAACAUAAAACCGAUCAGAAUUUUUCAUUUAUUUAUUUUCUUUGAUGUUUUCAUUGAAGUUUUCUUUUUCAAUUUAAUAUUUCGGGCUUGCACGACAAUUUGGAUAGUAAUUUCAGUAAAAUGCCCGAGCCAAACAUGAAAGCAUUCGAUGAAAGUGAUUUUAAAGCGGAAAAAUAUGUGAAAGAAUUGGUGCAGGAAUGUGUGGGCGGUGCAGCGCUUCAACAAUGCAAAUCAAAGAUACAAUCAUAUGGCGAACAAACAUCUUCGUCAUUGAAAAAACAUGUUUAUGCCAAUUACAUGCAGUUCAUCGAGACCGCUAAGGAGAUUUCACAUCUGGAAUCCGAAAUGUAUCAAUUAUCACACUUGCUGAUUGAACAACGAAACAUUUUAUCAACAUUGCGUGAACAGUACUCAGUUGACGAUACAAAAGGUGUAUUAUUAAAUGAGCCGACAAAUGAUGCGGACAAAGAUGAAAUCCAAAAUAAGCGAGCACUUGCUGCAAUACAGGAAUCCUUGAUUGGUUUCACUGGAAAUUUAGAAAAUAAAACCUUUCUACACGAAGGUGCUCUAAUCGAAUUGGAUGCAGAAAAAUAUUAUCGUCCGAUUUGUCGCGUUUAUUUCUUCCUCUUAAAUGAUUUGCUUAUCGUGGGAAAAGUGAAGCAUGAUAAGAAACUGGAAUAUGCUGCUCAGUAUGAUGCGACAAAAAUAGCUGUAAUCAAUAUAAAAGAUUUAGAUGGUGUGAAAAAUGCAAUUAAUGUCAUCACACCAGAUGAUUCGAAAAUUUUCCAAUGUAUAAGUGUAACGACGAAGAAUGAAUGGAUCGAUAAAUUUGAAAUGGCUCUAAAAUUUAAUCAAGUGAAAAAGAAGAAAGCACCCGCACCAAAGCCACCAAGCCAUUCAGCCCGACCGGCAGUUGUUCGAAAAUCCACAACCAAAACAAGUUUGGCGAGCGAAGCAACAGUCAGUCCUACAUCCACUGCUAGUGAAUCUGAAAUAGUCAAUGUCAGAUAUGCUCCUGAAUGGGUGCUAUCAGCACACGAAGAAUUUCACACUCUA